AUGCGUGACCUGGCACGACGGCAUGGCCCGCUCAUGCUGCUCCGUCUCGGUGAGAUCCGCGUCCUCGUGGCCUCGUCAGCCAGCUCCGCUAGGGAGGUAUUGAAAACCCAUGAUUCCAUCUUUGCCACACGACCUGAGACGAGCACAAUGAAGGCGGUGAAAGGGAUCCGCGGCGGCAUGGGCAUCAUCAUGGCGCCGCAGGGCGAGCACUGGAGCAUGGUUCGCAAGCUCUGCGUCAACGAGCUUCUUAGCGCACGGCAGAUCCGCUCCUUCCAGGGCACCCGCGAGGCAGAGGCCGGGAGGCUCGUGGCGUCCGUCGCCCUCGCGUCGUCAUCCCAGUCCCAGCCCGUGAACUUCGGCUCCCACCUCGCCACCUACCUCCACGACGUGGUCGUGCUAGCCGUUGUGGGCAACCGGAUCACUGACCGGGAAGCCUUCAUAGCGUGCCUCGACGAUUCGAUCAGGGCCACGGCCGGGUUGAGCCUCGCCGACUUGUUUCCGUCGUCAGGACUCGCCCGCGCAUUCGGCGGAAGUAGGACGCGACGGUUGAAGGCGUUGUCCAAGCGUCUGAGGCAUGCGCUGGACGGUGUGCUCGCGGAGCAAGGAGCGAGGAGGUCAGGCGGCCCCGGCGGCAACAGGGAUGAAGACCUUCUAGACGUGAUGCUGAGGAUCCAGGCGGACGGCAUGGAGACCUCGACGACGACGCUCCAAUGGGCCAUGGCGGAAAUGAUGCGGAACCCAAAAGUGUUGGGCAGGGCGACGGCUGAGGUGCGCGCUACCCUCGCAGGGCAGAGCCGCGUGACGGAGAAGGCCCUACCAGAGCUGCGCUACAUGCAACUGGUAAUUAAGGAGACGCUACGGCUGCACAUGGCCGCGCCGCUGCUCCUCCCACGGGAGUGCCAGGAGUCUUGCCGUGUCCUCGGCUAUGACGUGCCCAAGGGCGCCAUGGUGUUGGUCAAUGCGUGGGCGAUCGCCCGGGACACCGAAAACUGGGGCCCCGACGCAGAGGAGUUCAGGCCGGAGAGGUUCGAGGAAGCUGAUGACAGCGCUGUGGUGAACUUUAAGGGGCAACACUUCCAGUUUUUGCCGUUCGGCGCGGGCCGGAGGAGUUGCCCAGGGAUGAUGUUCAGCCUUGCUGCCAUGGAGCUUGCGCUGGCGAGCCUCCUCUUCCAUUUUGACUGGGAGCUCCCAGAGGGCACCGUUCCGGCUGAACUGGAUAUGACGGAGAAGUUUGGGAUCACGGCGAGGAAGAAGACCGAUUUGCUGCUGCAUGCCCGUCUUCGUGCGCCUCUUCCUCCUAAUCUAUAGGCUUGCA